UUUGAAUGAAUUAAAAAUUCUGUUACUUGUGACACUUAAUUUAAAUUGUGUUCAUUAAUUGGUUCAUUAGUCACUUGUGGUUGAUUAAAUGUGUGUUCAGGCUAUUGACAAUUAGCCUUUUCUUUUAUCAUUGAAUCGUUUUCAUUUCAUUUCUUUCAAUAUUUUUUUUGUUCUCUCUCUCUCUCUUCCUCUCUCUCUCUAUUUACUACUACAUCUCAAUAAGUGUGUUCAGUUCACUUUAAUGGUUCAUUUGUUUCCUAUGUUUCUUUUCUGUAUUUGGUUAAUGUUUACCUUAAAUAAGUCACCAUUUGCUUUUUCUUUCGCAUUUUGAUAUUCAAUUUGUUUCUCUGUUCUUUUGUUCAUUUUGUAAAAUGUAUAUUUCAUCUCCUUCCUUGACUACACAAUCUUCUGAAUCACCUACACAAGAUCUCGAAUGUUUCUCUUCUAAACGUGGAUGUGUAGGAGAUGAGUGUGCUGAUAGAACAGCUACGAAAUGUACUAAUCCUAAUGAUACUGUUGGUCCUCGUCAUUGUUAUGUUGUUUGGAAUAAUACAACUCAAGGUAUAAAACUGCGUUCAUCUGGUUGUAUCUCUGGUAAAGAUAUUGUUUGUGAAGAUCAUUCUCGGUGCAUUGAAAGAAACCGAAAAUCUUCUAAUGGUAAUUAUUUCUGCUGCUGUUCAACGAACCUUUGUAAUUAUGAUGUUCAUCAUUUACCAGUCCCGGAAGCGAGUAAAAUUGAACAAUCACCUGCUCAACCAACACCGACAUUAACUUACGAUUCAAAUCUCUUAUGGUUAUCAAUUUAUGUUGCUAUCCCAUCUUUAAUCAUCUUAUUGGGAAUCGUUUUAAUCAUCAGUUGGUAUCAUCGGAACAAGUCACGAGCUUUUAGUGAUCAAUUGAGUAACAGUGAUGAAUCGGUUCCCAUUAACGAGCAGUCGUUUUAUCGGUUUAAAAAUUUGGAGAUGAUUGAAGAGCGAUCAAGAGGUCGUUUCGGUGCCGUUUGGAAAGCCCGAUUACCGAAUGAAAAUGGUUUCAUUGACGAGAAAUGGGUGGCCGUUAAAAUAUUUCCUUCGCAAGAGAAAAACUCUUGGCUUGCAGAACAACAAGUAUUCAUGUUGCCAAAAUUCGAACAUGAAAAUAUUCUUCCAUUUUUGGGAUUCGAGAAACGAGAAAAUGAUGGAGUCCCUUUCGGUGUUGAAUAUUGGAUUAUCAGUGAAUAUCAUGAACUUGGUUCUUUGUACGAUUACCUUAAGCAUAACACCAUCGGAUUCAAUGAGUUGCUGAAGAUAAGUGAAGGUAUUGCUCGAGGAUUGGCUCAUCUUCAUGAUGAGAUUCCGUCGACUAAAAGUAUCAAUAAUAAGCCCGCUAUCGCUCAUCGAGACUUCAAGUCGAAAAAUGUUCUUCUAAAAAGUGACCUAACCCCACGAAUCGCUGAUUUCGGACUUUGUCUCAUCUUUUAUCCUGAUCGAUUACCCUCUGGAUUAGGACAGGUCGGGACUCGUCGGUAUAUGGCACCAGAAGUACUCGAAGGUGCGGUGAACUUUACACUGGACUCUUUGACUCGAAUCGACAUGUAUGCUUGUGGUUUGGUUCUUUGGGAAAUAUUAUCUCGAUGCAAGGGAGAAGAUGGAACUUUAAUUCCUGGUAAAUUGAUGCUUCCAUUUGAAGAAGAGGUCGGAGGGAAUCCGAGUCUUGAGGAUAUGCAGGAAGCCGUUUGUCAGGCGAAAAAGAGACCAGAGAUCAAAGCGAUUUGGAGAAAUUAUCGUGGACUAAAUGAGAUCUGUGAGACAAUCGAAGAAUGUUGGGAUCAAGAUGCCGAAGCUCGAAUAUCAUCGAGUUGUGUUCUGGAAAGAGUUAAAGGUUUAAUCAGAAAUAAUUCGAAUGAAACUGAUUAAUCAUCUCAACUUUUCAAAAUCAAAUGAAAAUUCAGGAAAACGAAAAAAGCUCAACACAAUCGAGUCAAACAAGAAAGAAUUUCAACUUUUAUCUAUCUUUAAUUACUACCUCAGGGACUAAUUGGACAUAAACCCGAUAUCACGACUUGUGCUCACCUCAUUUUUUUCUCCAUCAAAUUAUAAACUUAAUAAUCAUCAUCAUCAAUAUAAUUAUUUUCAAAACGACAAAUUGUAUUACAUCAUUAAUUGAAACAAAAACUUUUUCUAUUCAUUGAAACAAUCAAAAUGUAAAUACUUGUAUAAACCUCUCUCUCUCUCUCUCUCUCUCUCGAUAUGUAUUUCGAUCAUCAACUUUUUGUAACUUUGAGAAAAAAAUCAAUUAAUUUCUUUCUAUUUGUUUAUACUAAGUCAUAGAAACUAAUGUUUAUUCAUAAUAAAUUAGAAACAAAAUCAUCAA